AUGCAUUCCGACGGACUUUUGCAAUUUCUAAGUGCGCAAGAUAAUAACGGUGAUAAUUACUUCCACGAGGCCUGCCGAGAUAACUCUUUGGAUCACUUCGAACGGGUGGUGAAGUUUAUAGAGUGCCCCAUCCCAGCGAUCCUGGCCAAAAGAAACUCAAGUGGAGAACAGUGUACGCACAUCAUAGUGAAGAGCCAAGAACACUAUGUCGUGGAGAUGAUGAAGAUCGUUGUGGACCUUGGUGCCGACAUAAACGGCAAAGAAGCAUUUAGUGGCUUCACUCCGCUUCAUCUGUGUGCCAAGAAGAAAAAUUAUGAACUAGCCGAAUGGCUUUGCCAGGUGUCAUGGAUUGAUUUGGAUGCCAGAAACCACAAGGGACACACAGCAUGGCACAUGGCCUAUAUAAACGACGACUUUAAAAUGAUGAGUAUUUUAAGGAAGUCCAGAACGAAUCCUAAAUCUCCCAGUUUAAAAGCAAGUCAAAAGUGGAGUUACGACGCCGACUACUUAAUCGGAUUGUUGAGUGACCCUAAAACAGCUCCCUACCUUUUUUAA